AUGAGAUCUGAUCGAACAACGCUGUUAAAUAGCACUGAUAGUGAAGCAAUGGCUUUUGCUCAAAAGCCAUUGCUUGGAUUGCAGUACGGCGACGUGCGCAAAAGCUGGCGACCAGUGCUGGGGAGACUCGCGUCGUUUCCCAUGUUGCACCAUCUCGUGCUUGAAACUGCGAGCUUUUUCACGAAACCAGAAGAGAUGGAGUUUGACCUGCCACGGGAUUUUCAUGCCAAGUACAAGCUGGGCGAGACAUUGGGAGAAGGGGCGUUUGGGAAAGUGUAUUCGGCGAUCCCGAAGCAGCCGGAGACUGAUUCGAAGGAGCUAAUGCUGGAGUUCGCCGUUAAGGUGGUGUCCAAGUCGCGUCUUGUAAGUCGUGAUGACUACGCGGCACUGGAACGAGAACAACACAUGAUGCUGUUGCUGGGCGGCACGCUCAAUGUUGUGCACUUUUUUGGGGCGUAUGAAGAUGAUGAGAAUGUGUACCUGGUCAUGGAGCGUUGUGUGGCUGGAGAUGUAUCAGCACGGCUGGAUGGAGAGAAGGAGAUGGAUCGAUCGGCAAAUUUGCAUAAUCAGGAAGACCGGGCGAGAAUGUACAUGAGAGAUAUCGUACAUGUGGUAUGGCAAUGCCAUUUGCUGCAGAUCUUGCACCGAGACUUGAAACUUGACAACUUUGUCUUCGCCGACGCGAACGAUGACAGUCCGCUCAAGUUGACGGAUUUUGGUGGUGCUGCUUUUUUGACAGCAGGGGCGUUCUUGAACGACGUCCAUGGCACGCCGCUGUAUACGGCACCAGAAGUGCUCAAACGCAAGUACGCGUUUCCGUCGGACUUAUGGAGCUGCGGCGUGAUGUUGUAUCGGCUGUUGAGUGGACGCUACCCGUUUGCGUCUGGACCGUUGCUAGAUGAACGCAUUCUGCACGAAGCGAUUGAUCUGGAAAGCUCGCCGUGGUCAGAGAUAUCGGAUGAAGCCAAGGAUCUUGUGCACCGACUGCUGGAACGUGAUGUUGACAAACGCCUCACAGCUGAGCAAGCGCUGCAACACCCGUGGCUUGCUCCACGUGCGCCACUAUCAACUGAAGCGUCCAGUACGGCUUCAGCUGCUGCGAUUGAAGCUACCAAGGGGAUACUUCGUUCUGCGCUCAGCGGCACCCUCGUGCAAAGGUUGCAGCUUUACCGAUCGCUUACUGUCUUGCAACGUGCCGUGCUGAACGAAGUGACCCGCUUAUUGCCGCUUGAACUGAAGCGAGAUGUGCUCGUACUCUACAGCGAAAUUUCUCGUGAUGGUAGUGAAGUCGUAGGGCUUGAAGCGUUUGCAGCAUAUGUGGCUGCAGGUGGCUACCGACUCACUCGUGGCGAGGUCAAGGGCUUCUUACGGAACUUGGACCUCGAGGGUACCGGUCUGCUAUCUCGCAAUGAGUUUUGUGCGGCAUUGCUGGAUUGGCCGCAGCUUCAGAGCCAGCAUCGUGACGAAUUUGUCAAGUGUGUCGACCAGGUGUUUGACGUGAUCGAUCGAGAUGAGGACGGUCUCUUGACAGUCGAGGACAUGGCCGAGCUGAUGCCUUUUAAAAAGAGCAAGAAGCACUUUGACCGGAUCCAGAACGACCUCAGUCGAUGCUGGCAAGACACAAACCGCUUGACCAUGAGCAGCUUUGACAAGGAAGACUUGCAGCACCUGGUGCACAUUUCUGCUGGCGCGUACGCCAAUUAUCCAAAGAGACUCAAGCUCUAG